GCUUGGUACAGCGCGAGGAGCCGCUUCCCGGCCCCACGGAACCCGCGGUCCCGCCGCCCCGCCCCAGGAGUCCGAGGCACGCCGCGGGGGAGGCUGGGGAGCGCUCGGGCCGGCACGCUCCGCCGCCGCGCCCGCUUCAACACCUCCAGCUGUUCGCAGCUGCGGUCGCCGCCUUCUCCAGGUGCUGACUAUUCUGAUGCCGACUUUCCAAUUGCCUUGAUUAAAGUAGAAACGUUCUAUGGCUUGGAUGACUUACAUUUCAAAUUGGUUUGAGCAAGAUGAUUGGUAUGAAGGACUACAAAGAGCAAACAUGUCCCAGGUCAGGCAGGUGGGACUGCUGGCUGCGGGAUGUCAGCCGUGGAACAAGGACGUGUGUGCUGCCAGUGGAGACAGGUUUGCGUACUGUGCCACUCUGGCCAUCUAUAUUUACCAGUUGGAUCACCGUUAUAAUGAAUUCAAACUUCACGCAAUUAUGUCUGAACAUAAAAAAACAAUCACAGCUCUCUCUUGGUGUCCACAUAACCCUGAUGUGUUUGCAAGCGGCGGUACCGAUAAUUUAGUCAUCAUUUGGAAUGUUGCAGAACAAAAAGUCAUUGCUAAGCUCGACAGUACAAAAGGGACGCCUGCCUCUCUCAGCUGGUGCUGGAACGCAGGUGAUGCCGUGGCCUUUGUUUCCCACAGAGGCCCACUGUUCAUCUGGACCAUCUCAGGCCCAGAGAGUGGAGUGACUGUACACAAGGAAGCUCACAGCUUCUUGUCUGAUGUCUGUGUAUUCAGAUGGCAUACCCAGAAAAAGGGAAAGAUUGUAUUUGGUCAUAUUGAUGGAAGCCUAUCAAUUUUUCAACCAGGUAAUAAAAGUCAGAAACAUGUUCUGAGACCUGAAUCUCUUGAAGGGACAGACGAAGAGGACCCAGUGACAGCUGUGGAAUGGGACCCACUGUCUACCGAUUAUCUCCUUGUGGCUAAUUUGCAUUUUGGAAUUCGCCUGCUAGAUUCGGAAUCACUUUAUUGCAUAACAACAUUUAAUUUUCCCAGUGCAGCAGCUUCUGUGCAGUGCUUGGCCUGGGUUCCCAGUGCUCCUGGGAUGUUUGUAACUGGGGAUUCUCAAGUGGGUGUUUUGCGCAUUUGGAAUGUUGCAAGAACAACACCUAUUGAUAAUUUUAAAUUAAAGAGAACAGGGUUUCACUGCUUACAUGUGCUUAAUUCUCCUCCACGAAAAAAAUUUUUAGCCCAGCCUCCAACUAAAAAUCAUUAUAUGUCCUCGACAAGUGAAGCAGUUCCACAACCGACUUUGACACAGAAUCAGGCAUUUUCUCUUCCUCCUGGGCAUGCAGUGUGCUGUUUCUUGGAUGGUGGAGUUGGACUUUAUGACUUGGGAGCCAAGAAAUGGGAUUUCCUUAGGGACUUGGGACAUGUGGAAACGAUCUUUGACUGCAAAUUCAAACCUGAUGAUCCCAAUCUUCUAGCAACAGCUUCUUUUGAUGGCACUAUAAAAGUCUGGGACAUAAAUACAUUAACAGCUGUGUACACCUCCCCGGGUAAUGAGGGGGUUAUUUACUCCCUAUCCUGGGCCCCAGGUGACUUAAAUUGUAUUGCUGGAGCAACUUCCCGAAAUGGUGCCUUUAUUUGGGAUGUUAGAAAGGGCAAAAUGGUGCAACGAUUUAAUGAGCAUGGAAAAAAUGGAAUAUUCUGUGUUGCCUGGAGUCAUAAAGAUUCCAAAAGAAUAGCUACCUGCAGUGGGGAUGGCUUCUGUAUUAUUCGAACAAUUGAUGGUAAAGUGCUACACAAAUACAAACAUCCAGCUGCGGUGUUUGGUUGUGAUUGGAGCCAGAACAACAAAGACAUGAUAGCCACUGGCUGUGAAGAUAAAAAUGUGCGUGUCUAUUAUGUGGCCACCAGCUCUGAUCAACCACUAAAAGUAUUUAGUGGACAUACUGCAAAAGUGUUCCAUGUUAAAUGGUCUCCUCUGAGCGAGGGAAUUCUUUGUAGUGGUUCUGAUGAUGGUUCUGUUCGAAUCUGGGAUUAUACUCAAGAUGCGUGCAUAAACAUUCUUAGAGGCCACACUGCACCUGUGAGGGGUUUAAUGUGGAAUACUGAGAUUCCGUAUCUCCUCAUAUCUGGCAGCUGGGACUACACUAUAAAAGUAUGGGACACCCGAGAAGGAACCUGUUUGGAUACUGUUUAUGAUCAUGGUGCAGAUGUAUAUGGUUUAACAUGUCAUCCCAGCCGCCCCUUCACUAUGGCCUCUUGCUCCCGUGAUUCUACAGUGAGACUCUGGUCAUUAACACCUUUAAUCACUCCUUUACUAAUAAAUAUUCUGGCAGACAGAUCUUGGGAAGAAAUUAUCGGGAACACCGAUCAUGCUAUAGAACAAGGCAGUCCUCCUCUACUGUGUGGUAAAGUGUCAAGAGAUAUUAAACACGAAAUAGAGAAACUAACUGGUAAUCCUCGAGCAAAAAAACUAAGAUGGUUUUCAGAAUGUUUAUCACCUCCAGGUGGCAGUGACAAUUUGUGGAAUUUAGUGGCUGUGAUCAGAGGACAGGACGAUAGCCUGCUUCCUCAGAACUACUGUAAAGGAAUAAUGCAUUUGAAACAUCUGAUUAAGUUUCGAAUGUCUGAAGCACAAGAAUUGACAACAGUCAAGAUGUCUAAAUUUGGUGCUGGCAUUGGGGUCCCCACUAAAGAGGAAAGGCUGAAGGAAGCUGCUGACAUACAUUUGAGAUUAGGACAAAUUCAGAGAUACUGUGAACUGAUGGUUGAACUUGGAGAGUGGGACAAAGCCUUGUCCGUCGCCCCAGGGGUGUCUGUAAAAUACUGGAAGAAGUUAAUGCAGAGGAGAGCGGAUCAGUUAAUCCAGGAAGACAAGGAUGAUGUCAUUCCUUACUGCAUCGCCAUUGGUGAUGUGAAAAAAUUAGUUGACUUUUUUAUGUCCAGAGGUCAGCUUAAAGAAGCUCUGCUUGUUGCACAGGCUGCUUGUGAGGGAAACAUGCAGACCUUACAUGUUUCUACACCGAAAGGAUCUUCAUCUUCCGAUGAUAUCUACAAGGAGGACUUUAAUGAACUCCUGCACAAAGUCAGUGAAGAACUAGCGGAGUGGUAUUUUCGGGAUGGGCGGGCCGUGCUAGCCGCGUGCUGCCAGCUAGCUGUAGAUAACACCGAGCGUGCUAUGGCGUACCUGAUCCGUGGGAAUGAGCUGGAACUGGCCGUGUGUGUGGGCACUGCGCUGGGGGAGGCCGCGGCCCCUGGCACCCACUACGCCCUGGAGUUGUUGGCAAGAAAAUGCAUGAUGAUUCCCACAUGGAAUCUGGCGGCCGAUCUGCUGCUGAUGACUCCUGACAAUGAGCUACAGCUGGUCAAACUGUGUGCCUUCUGCCCAGGCUGCACUGAAGAGCUGAACGAUCUUCGUGAGAAGUGCAAGCUACCCACGGUAGAGGAAUGUAUGCAGUUAGCGGAGACAGCCCAUGCAGAUGGUAAUAUAUUUGAAACUGUGAAAUACUACUUGUUAAGUCAGGAACCUGAAAAAGCCCUUCCUAUUGGUAUUGAUUUCAUUAAAGAAUACAUCACUAGUUCAAAUUGGACAUUGGAUACCAUUUAUCCUGUUCUUGACCUGCUGAGUUAUAUUCGUACUGAAAAAUUAGUCUUGCAUACGUGUACUAAAGCUCGAAAUGAAUUGCUUAUAUUGUGUGGUUAUAUUGGGGCACUAUUGGCUAUCAGAAGACAGUACCAAAGCAUCGUUCCAGCACUUUAUGAAUACACAAGUCAGCUGUUAAAGUGUCGGGCGGUGUCAGUGCCUUUAAAAAUUGAGCACCUUUCGGAGGAGUUGGAUGCGUGGAGAGCUUGCACACAGUCCAUCAGCCGAUCAUCGGAAGAGUCUGCCUAUACACCCCCUUCUGAUUCACAAAAAAUGGUUUAUGCAACUUUACUAAAGAGACUAGAACAAGAACCACUCAGAGGAAUUGUUGGACCAGAUUACGUGACUGGAUCAAAUCUGCCCAGUCAUUCUGAUAUCCACAUCUCUUGUCUUACGGGAUUAAAAAUCCAGGGCCCUGUAUAUUUCCUUGAAGAUGGGAAAUCCACUAUCUCACUGAAUGACGCUUUGAUGUGGGCAAAGGUGAACCCAUUCUCACCAUUAGGGACUGGAAUACGACUCAACCCAUUUUGACAGAAAGAUUAAGAAGCCUAUAUUUUGUGCUUUAACUGCUUUAAAAGAUCCACUGACUGUAAGUUAUACAUAUAUAAAUGAUUGUUUCCUUCUUCAUUUUAAAUGAAUGCAGGAAAAUAUUUUAUGUAUAAACUAUGAAAAAUUCAUAUAACUCUUUAGCACAUGAAGACAAUAGAGGAGUAACCCAAUUUGUGUCUAAAAUCUAAAUUGGAUUGAUUCAAGUACAAAUCUGUUAUUCUGACUUCUACAGUGUUCUAUACCUUAUUACCAGUUAUAACUAUGAAUUCCUCAUGGAACUGUGUCAUUUGACCAUGUCAGUUUGCAUCUCUUGUGCCUUAAUAUGAAAAACAAAGCAAUUUUUUAAAUUUAUAGAAGGUUUUCUAUUGUUAAAUUUCAUAUGUAUGAAACCCAAAUAAUAUGAACUUAUUUUACUACUAAGAAAAUGUCUAUAUUACUGAUGUGUACAAAUUAUUUUCCAAGUUUAAUUAUGCUUUUAUGAAAGAAGUCUCAUUAGACAAUGGUUUUAAUAGCAUUGGAAAAAUAUUUUGCCUAUAAGAAUUACCAGAUGGUUAACACAGUUGCGACAUCAAAAUGAGUUAUAUCUUGUGAAAAUAUGAUUUUCAUGUCAAUCAAAAUUUAUAUAUAUUUAUUGUCUAUAUUUCCAUGAAAUCAUCCAGAGGUGUUCAGGAACAUCAUCACAGUAAAGCAAUGACUUUUAUUUUGUUGUCCUUAUAAUAGGAAGAUUGACACUUUUUCAGUCUUAAGUCAAGAGGCAUUCUGAAUAUAGUAAAGCCUCACCAAUUGUUUAUAAAACUUAGGGUUUCUUAUUUAGUGUAGCAGUAAUACAGAAGAUAUCUUCAUUGUCAGCUCUUACUAAGUUUUUAUUGUGCCAUAUCUCUGAAACAUUUAUUCCUAAAGUAACUGAUGAAAGUACUUUUAUGCUAAAUUUAAAUACCAUAGGAUUGUGCUUAAUGUGGCCUGUAGUUAUCUAGAUUUUUAUGUAUAUAGGUAUGAAUGUAUUUCAGGUCCCCUGAAUUUCAAUAAAUGCCGCAUUAAAACCAGACAUGACAGAGUUAACUGCUAAGAUGAGCAUCAGUAUUGUCCUCCAAACCACCACCGAGAGAACACUGUUUCUCCAUAAAGGCCGGGUCUGAGUCAUCAGAGAUGUGAAGGGCUUGAGCUACCAAGUGACUACCUUACUUGGAAACCUAAAAAAUCACUUUGGACUGUCAGGAGGAGGAUUCCCCAGGAAAAACUGACACAAUAAACCCUAAACUAAUGAAUACUAACAGCGUAUCCAGAGCCUUCCGUUCGUGAUAAGUGUUCUGUGGAUUGGAAACUCUCCUAGAGGAGGCGCUCUAGCUCCUAGAAAAGCUCCUUGCUUCCUUCUGCCACAGAUCGCUGGUGAAGCAAAUGGCCUUCCUCAGAUCCGCCUGUAGUGUUGGCCUCUCAAUACAACUCCUCUUCAGGAAGCUCUUGAAGCUGCCGAUGCCUGCUACCUUCAUGUUCUUACGCACUCUGAAGUGAAACUUGUAAGACAAGCUCAUCUUUUCCACAGCUCUCCAAAGGCCCCGCAGGAGUCCUGGGAACUUACCAUAGUCAGGCCAUGAGUGAUUAGCUUUUUCAGGAGAUUGAACAUAUGGUCGAGAGAAGAAAAAAGAAACUUUUAAAAUGACUGUUUAUCCAAAUCUAAUCCUUCUCUCUGGAUCUUUUCCCCUGCCAAGGUUCAGAAGACUUGUUCCUAUAACCCUUUUCUAAGGAACUAUAUUUUAUGGGUUGAAAGUUAUUCUCAUAAUCUUCUACUUUAGAUUUGUCCCAUUAGAACGCAAGGUUCACAGAUAAAUAACCUAUAGCUGGUAAGAUAGGCAUUUAAACUAUACCCUUUACCUCAGAUAAAACUGGAUUCUAAACACACUCCCAAGAAGUAAUCCUAUUUCAUUGGGGGUCUCUUUACUUUCUUUUACUAAAUAUUACCUGCCCCAAAAUGUGAAAUUAAACUGGGAAGUCUCUGGAGAUAGAAAUUCUAAUAAAGCCAAGCCUUCAAAAAUGCAGAACCACUGACAAGAGUUUAGCUGGAAAUUGACAGGCACGUCAUGGGAUUCCGCAUUCGAAAUACUCCUGUGGGUUGGAAGUCGCAAAUGAAACUGUUAAUGAGAUAGCAUAAAGGUAUGAAUAAUUCCCAUUGAAGAAAAAUGUCUGCCUGUGAAUAUAAAAUUGUAAGAAGGUAAGAAAUAUCAUUAUUCUUUUUUUUUUUUAAAGAUUUUUUUUUUUAAAUUUAUUUGUCAGAGAGAGAGGGAGAGAGAGCAAGCACAGGCGGACAGAAUGGCAGGCA